CAGGGCAUGGCCCAGAACGUGGUCUACGCUGAUCUGAAGUUUGCCACGGCCCCACCGCUCACCACCCCCACCUGCCCCACAGCCCCUGAUGAGGAUGACAGCCCCUACGAGAACGUGCCGCGGGAGCCGGUGCCCACGGCGCCCAGCCCAGGGCGCUGGCUCCGGCGUUGGCACAUCCCCGCGGGGCUGCUGGCAGGCAGCCUGCUGCUGCUGCUGCUGGUAGCCACUGUGGCCCUGGGGGCUUGCUACUGGCAGGUCACCCGCAGGCUGCAGGUCACCUCCCAGGAGCACGCGGCCGAGCAGGGCCGCCUCUCGCAGGAGGUGAGCGCGCGGGAGCAGAGCCUGGAGCAGACGCGGCUGGAGCUGGCACGGGCCAGAGCGGAGCUGCAGCGAGCGUGGCGGGAGGGCAACAGCAGCCAGCUGGAGCUGGGGAGCCGGGACGCCGAGCUGGGGCGCGCCAGGCAGGAGCUGGCUGUGCUGCAGAAGGAGAUGCAGGAGGUGCGGGGGGAGCUCAGGGCCAGCGAGAGCACUGUGAGCAGCCUGCGCGCCUGUGUGAACACAGAUUGCUGCCCCUCGGGCUGGGUGCUCUACAGGGGCAAGUGCCUCUUCAUUUCGGUGGAGAAGAAGACCUGGUGGGACAGCCACCGUGACUGCAGAGGGAAAUCUGCUCAGCUGCUGGUCCAAGGCGACUGGCCAUCAUGGACAGUGCCGCAUUUUGUGAAGGCGCGUGGUGCUGUAUAUUGGAUUGGAGAGAGAAAUCAAUAUCGUUAUGAUAUACCUGAGGAGUCAUAUGAAGAGUAA